CUGAUCGUGUUCGUUUCGUACGUUACAUUGAUUAACACACUGAUUUUUUCUCUAUAACUGGUGACGAGCAGAGCGACUUUCUCUGAUUAAUCUUUGUCGAGCGAUUUGUAUGCUUGAUUAUUAGUUUUGAUCCACUAUGAGUGCUGGAACUAGAAACAAACAAUUGCAAACACAUAAUACAAACAAUGGAGCCGUACAAUCCAAAAAGAGUACCAUCCUUAAAAAGAUUUAUAAAGUAGGUUCACUUCAUAAUUUUUCAUCUGACUCUAUAGAAAACAUAGAUAAUCAUGUUAAAGUUGCUUCUAAAUGUGGACGGACAAGCAUUGAUACUUGUCAAAAUGAAAUAUCUCAUCAGUCAGACAAGCAGAGUUAUGAAAAUUUAGAAAAAUUUACAGUUAACAGUAUUGAGCCAAUAAAUGAACAAUUAUUGAGCAAUGAUAAAAUUGAUAAUUUGAUUACUAAAACUGAUAUUGGUAAAAAUAUGAAUGAUUUUCCAAAUCCUGAUCAAGUGACUGAAUUAAGUGAUGAUUAUUUGAUACAAAUGACAAAAAAUCUCAAUGACAGGCAUAUUGCUCUAUAUGAAGGUAUUUUCCUUAAAGCUGAUGAAGAUGAUAAAAAUGGAUUCAUUGAUGAAAAGAAAAAUGAAAAUAAUGAUAAUAUUAAAGAAAAAUCUACAGCAGUUUAUUCUGAUAUUGAAAAAGAUAAUGCAAAGGGACCCAUUAAUGAAAGUGACUCUGUUAAAAUAGAUUGUUUACUGAAUGAGGUAGGACUUGAUAAUUCAAACAAUCCUAAUGACAUUGUAAAAAUUAAACUGGAAGUUAGUAUUAAAAAUAAUCACAAAGUAGUACCAUCAACUGAUGAUAAUAAAAAUAUACGACAAAAAGAUGGAACUAUACUUGUUGACCAACUUGCAUUUGUAGAUGUGAAGAAAUCGUAUACACAAGCUAAAUUGAGAGAUACCCCUAGCGUCAAAUCUGAAGUUCUUAUUAAUAGAUUACAGAAUAUGGAUUGGCUUAAGCCUUCAGGACAUGAAAUGUUGGAAGUAUGGAAAAAAAUUUCUCGUAAACGACCGAAUCUAACUGAUAGAGACAAAGAGGAGAAAGAUAAUGAAGAUAUAGAAGACCCUGUCGACGAUACUAAAUUAAAUUCUAAAUCAAACAAAAAACGUUCUAAUCAACGUAAGAACAUCAAGACAAAAGUUGUAGAUUCUUUUAAAAAGGAUGAAAUAGAAGAUCAAAGUAAAAAGUCAUUGAAUGAUGUUAUAGAACAUGAAAAUAAAAAAUCAUCGAACGAUGUUAUCAAAGAUGAAAAUAAGAAGUCAUCAAACGAUGUUAAAGAAGAUAAAAGUAAAAGGCCAUCAAACGAAGUUAUUAUAGAAGACAAAAGUAAAAAGUCAUUAAACAAUGUUACUGAAGAUAAGAGUAAAAGAUUAACAAAGGAUAUUAUAGAAGAUAAAAGUAAAAAGUCAUUAAACAAUGUUACUGAAGAUAAAAGUAAAAGGUCAUCAAAUGAUGUUACAGAAGUUAAAAAUAAAAAAUCAUCAAACGAUGUUAUUGAAGAUAAAAGUAAAAAGUCAUCAAACGAUGUUAUAGAAGUUAAAAAUAAAAAAUAUUCGAACGAUGUUAUUGACGAUAAAAAUAAAAGGCCAUUAAACGAUGUUAUAGAAGGUAAAAAUAAAAAGUCAUUGAAUGAUGUUAUCGAGGAUGAAAAUAAAAAGUCAUCGAACGAUGUUAAAGAAGAUAAAAGUAAAAGAUCAUCAAACGACGUUACUGAAGUUAAAAAUAAAAAAUCAUCGAACGAUGUUACUGAAGAUAAAAGUAAAAGGUCAUCAAAUGAUGUUAUUGAAGAUAAAAGUAAAAGGCCAUCAAACGAUGUUAUAGAAGGUAAAAAUAAAAAGUCAUCGAACGAUGUUAUAGAAGGUAAAAAUAAAAAGUCAUCGAACGAUGUUAAAGAAGAUAAAAGUAAAAGGUCAUCAAACGACGUUACUGAAGUUAAAAAUAAAAAAUCAUCGAACGAUGUUACUGAAGAUAAAAGUAAAAGGUCAUCAAAUGAUGUUAUUGAAGUUAAAAAUAAAAAAUUAUCGAACGAUGUUAUUGAAGAUAAAAGUAAAAGGCCAUCAAACGAUGUUAUAGAAGGUAAAAAUAAAAAGUCAUCGAACGAUGUUAUUAUAGAAGAUAAAAGUAAAAAGUCAUUAAACAAUGUUACUGAAGAUAAAAGUAAAAGGCCAUCAAAUGAUGUUAAAGAAGUUAAAAAUAAAAAGUCAUCGAACGAUGUUAUUGAAGAUAAAAGUAAAAGGUCAUCAAACGACGUUACUGAAGUUAAAAAUAAAAAAUCAUCGAACGAUGUUACUGAAGAUAAAAGUAAAAGGUCAUCAAAUGAUGUUACAGAAGUUAAAAAUAAAAAACCAUCGAACGAUGUUAUUGAAGAUAUAAGUAAAAGAUCAUCAAACGAUGUUAUUGAAGUUAAAAAUAAAAAACCAUCGAAUGAUGUUAUUGAAGAUAAAAGUAUAAGGUCAUCAAACGAUGUUAUUGAAGUUAAAAAUAAAAAGUCAUUGAACUAUAUUAUUGAAGAUGAAAGUAAAAGGCCAUCAAACGUUGUUAUAGAAGUUAAAAAUAAAAAAUUAUCGAACGAUGUUAUUGAAGAUAAAAGUAAAAAGUCAUCAAACGAUGUUAUAGAAGGUAAAAGUAAAAGGUUAUCAAACGAUGUUAUAGAAAGUGAAAAUAAAAAAUCAUCGAACGAUGUUAUAGAAGAUAAAAAUAAAAGGUCAUCGAAUGAUAUUAUAGAAGGUAAAAAUAAAAAGUCAUUGAACAAUGUGAAAGAUGAUAAAAAUAAAUUGUCAUCAAAUGAUGUUAUAGAAAGUGAAAAUAUAAAGUCAUCAAAUGAUGUUGGAUUAAUUAAUACUUCAAAGAAUGAAAGUUCAAAAUCUCCUGUUGGUCAAGUAACAGAUAAGUCCAAGGAUGCAAAAUCCAGUCAACUUCCUGCAUCACAGAGAACUUGUAUAGGCAGAGGAAGAAAUGAUAGACGCAAAAUAUCUUCUGGAAAUGUUCAAUUAAGAGGGCAAAGUGAUAUCAAUAAUCAAAGGAAUGAAAGUCAUAAAUCUUUUAAAGAAGAUAAACUGCCAAUCACGGUAGAAAACAGUUCCAGCAAAACUGAAGCUCAUUUCAAUUUACAAGAUUCUUCUGAUAAAAUCAAGAAAAUAGAUGUUACUGAAAAUUUACUAGUUAUUACAGAUGCGAUAAAAUCAAAAGAGCAAAAGGUUUAUGAAACAAAAAGUGACUCGAAAUCAUAUCAAAAUAUAGAGUCACACAUCCAACCACCAGUUAAAAAUAUUGCAGAGUUACCAGCCCACAAAAAUAAAAGUAAAAUUGACAUAAAGAAAGAUCAACUGUCAUCAAAAGAUUAUCAGGAAAGUCAAAAUAGAUCAGCUUCAAAUCAGCCAAGCAGGUCAACACAGGUUCAAUUAACGGAUAAAAGUAUUUCUGAAAAAACAGUAUAUUCUGUUAAAGGAUUUGGACAGAAAACAGAUGAAACUGUCAAAAAUAACAACCAACCAUGUCAAAGUCUUAGUAGUAAAGAUAGUUCUAAUAGAUUUUCAGAGCAGACUAAUAAAAAUUCGACCGAGAAUAAAAUUAAUCAAUCUUAUUCUUCCUUAUUAAAAAGUAAGGAAGAAAGUUGUUCUAUAAAAGAUACUGACACUGUUAGCACCCAUACUACAAGUAGCAUUUAUGAUCGAGACUUUCCAAGAUGGAAUCAUAGUAAUAAUUAUCCUGACAAACAGAAUAUAAAUAGGGAUGAAAUAACAUUGCAUCCUUCCAAUAGACAGAGAAAUAUUUCUGAUAACAAAAGGGAAAACGAAGAAUCAUUUGGUAAACAUCAGGUAUUCAUUGAUAAAAGUCAAGGAAAUAAAAGAUAUUCUGAUAAAACUCAAAAUAGUGGAACUUCUGUAGGUAGAUAUUCUAACAGAAAUCAGGAAAUCGAUAAUUUUCUUGAUAAACACUCUGAGAAAAACCAGGAUGACAAAAAUUAUGCUGAGCGAUACUCUAACAAAAAUCAAAAUUCUAAGUCAUACCAUGAUACUGAUUCUGAUAGAUUACAAACUAGUCGCAGAGAUACAUAUGUGAAUAAUAAUUACAGAAAUCAAGGAUUUAGCGAAAGAUUUUCUGACAUCAACGAAGACAAACCUUACGGUAAUCAUUCUUACAAAUUUCGAGAUAAUAAAAAUUCUGGUGAUAGAUACCCUGAUAAUCAACAAAGUCAAACUUCCAAUGACAGAUUUUGUAAUAAAACACCAGAGAAUAAAAGUACUGUAAAUUUUGACAAAAAUAAAGAUGAGAAAACUAGUGAUAAAAAUCAAAUUGCAACAAGAAAUUCAGAUUUUUCAAGUGGAAAUACCAGACUUCCUGAUAGAAAGAAUGAAAGUCCAAAUUUAUCAAAAGCAACUUGUAACAGAAGUUACAAUAUGAAUGAAAACACGUGUGAAGUGAAAACGUAUGAGAAAGAAAACAAGGAUGGAAAUAACCACCAAACAUUUAAUAAAGAUAAUAAUUAUAAAAAUCAAGACACAACAAAUAAUACUAAAUCUGUACACAAUGGCUGUUAUCCAUAUCCACAUGAACAACAACAAUUAAAACAGUUUAAAAAUAAUUGUUGGAAAACUUCAGAUCGCGCACAUUCGGUCAAUGAGACGCAAUGUGGAUCAGAUGUCAAAUCUCAAAAAUAUCUUGAUAGUACUCAGCAAAUUAAUGUCCAGAUAGGAUCGAAGCAAAUACAACAAUCUUACCCUGGACCAUCUGUUGCAUCUCCACAAGAACUUUCUUCCGCAAUUAAUCAAAAUAUUGAGUUACAUGGGGGUAUUACUCAAUUCACAGAUAUGACAGGCAUGAGUCAGCCAAAUCAGAGUGAGCAUUGGAAUUCACAUAAAAAUACUUCAAAACAAGAAGCAGUUUAUCCAUCAGAAUUUCAAAGUGCUUCGCCUUAUGCUAAUAUAAAUAUAGCUUCUAGUCCUACUGUAACAAAUGAAUAUAACUUGCAAUAUCAUCAGACACUUUUGAAUUCAUCGAACCAACUAAACAGUACUUCAACAUCUGGACAGAAGUCUAACAUCGUUAUGACAUUUGAUGGAAAUCAGAAUGUUCAAAGAGCACUAGGAAUGAAUCAUAGAAUUAUGAAUCAGCUUCCAUAUCCUCAAACGAACACUAACGAUCCUUCUGAGCCCAAUACAAAUAUUCCUGUACCUUCUCCAUCAAUGUAUACAGAUGGAAAUGUCACUCAAUUUUUCCAAACAGCAGUUAGCAAUUUGCAAACUAUUAUGCCACACAUGCACUCUACAAUGAACGUAAAUGCGCAACCAUUUGAAGUGAUAAAACAAUCCAAUCAAGAGCCAAGCAAACAGAAAAUGUAUGCUAUGCAACCUCUGAUAUCAAAUCAAAACCACAGUAGAUCGGUAUCUUCAAACAACGAUAAUGUAAUUGAUGAAGCUUACAAGAAUGAAAAAUCAAACGAUUCUGAGGAAUAUUUAAAGCUUCGUAAAGAAAUAUGCGACCUUUCACAACAACUGGCAGCCAAACAAGGGCAAUUACUAGCUUUAGAGUUGAGAUGGCAUAAAAAUGAAUGUGCACUUCAUAACAAAGAUUCUAAUAUCAUAAGUCAACAAAGCUGUCAACAUGUGAGUAGUAAUCAACGGGUACAAGAGUCUGAUAAUAUUUGGCCACCCAGCUACGCACAACCUGAACAUUCAUGUUUUCCACUUAGCUAUGAUCGUGUUCCAAUGGGUUUGGAAAGAACAGAAGGAUCUCACUUGUACAAGCUGCUGACAGAAACGUUACCUCCAAAUAGUAUACCAAAACUUGGAAAUAAUCCUCCAUCGGUUUACCUUGCGCAAGGCAAUAUGUAUCAGCAAGAUGCAGCAGCUUAUCAAAUGUUUACUGAAAAAACAGGAAAUAGAGCUACUUAUGUUAACAUGGUACCGCAAAAUAAUCAGUUCCUUCAUUAGUACAUAACUAAUAAAUAUUAUUUCAUAUAUCAUGGUUUUUUAUCGCUUCUAUAUUAGUUACAGCAAGAUUUAAUUGUUUUUCACUUUACUUUUCGUUUCAUAUAGAAAUAAUCAUAUAUAUUUACGUAUCUUUGAUAAAUAACGAAAAAGUCACUUUUUAUUAUAUGAUUAGAAUUAAUAUUUCUCGAUAAUUUAUAACUGCGAAAAAUCCAGUUAUGAUUAUCUAAAUUUCUUAUGUUUUUUAAAAUAUAUUGAAAUUAUCGAUCGAGUAAAUGCUUAGAUUUUUUAUUUCACUAUUUUAUCGUAUAUGGAUUAAAAAUCCGAUAAAUAAAAAAAUACAAAUUUAGUUUUAUUAUCACCAUUGAAAGUUAUUACGAGCUAUUGUCAA